AUGCUCCGUUUCUCUCUUCUCUUGACAGUUGCAACCAUUGCAGCAGCGUCUCCAUCACGCCUGUCACGGAGAUGGGGUGAUAUGGAGGUCAAGCAUGCCUGGACAGAAGGUGCACCUGCCAAGUGGGCCUCCGUUGGUGCAGCACCGGCUGGUGCUACUAUUGACCUCCGCAUCAAGCUCAAGUCUGCGGACCCCGAUGCUCUCGUCUCGACGCUGACUGCAGUUAGCGACCCCAGUCAUGAGCGCUACGGCGCCCAUCUUUCCUUCGAUGAAGCCUCCAAGCUAGUCGCACCUCAUCGCGAUACACACUCAAUCGUCGGUGAAUGGUUGUCGGCACAUGGCAUCAGCGAGGACACGGUUCGGCCCGUCUUCACUGGCGACUGGCUCUUGCUCGAGGCCGUGCCGGUUUCCACCGCCAACACACUUCUCGAUGCAUCUUAUGAACUGUACACGCACCAAGAGACGAACGCUACGAUCCUGCGCACCCUAUCCUACUCACUCCCAUCACGUCUUCAUGAACAUGUUCGCGUCGUUGCGCCUACGACGUUCUUCGGCAACCCCGAACCUUUCCGCGCUACUUCGCACAUUUCGCCGAACGCGGUCGUACUUGACAAUGACGACGAUGUUCGCAACGCGGUACCUACUUCUGACGCUACCGUUCCAGCGACUUGCGCGCGUGCGAUCACUCCGGCUUGUCUGAAAGCGUUGUACAACACCACCGGGUACACACCCCUCGCUACGGAUAGGAACAUUCUUGGUGUCGCAGGAUAUCUUGAUGAAUUUGCCAUCCAGGCUGAUCUUACGUCCUUUGCCAACCGCUUCCUGACUGGUGCAUCGAAUGCGACCUUCAAGCUCGUGGAAAUCAAUGGAGGACAGAACAAUCAGAACGAGCCGGGUGUCGAGGCCGACCUCGAUAUUCAAUACACCACUGCCAUGUCAUUCCCCACGCCUCAGAUCUAUUACUCUACUGGAGGUUCGCCCCCGUUCAUUCCGGACGACAAUACACCUACGAACUCGAACGAGCCGUAUCUCGACUUCCUUCAGGCUUUCAUCACUCAGAACCCGCUCCCUCAGACAUUGACGACAAGUUACGGUGACGACGAGCAAACCGUUCCGUUUGACUUCGCGACUGAGGUUUGCAACAUGUUCGCGACGCUCGGGACCAUGGGCACCAGUGUCAUGUUCUCCAGCGGCGACUUUGGUGUCGGUGGAUCCGACUGCAGGACCAACGAUGGCACGAACACGGUCAGGUUCCAGCCCAUCUUCCCGGCGACCUGCCCAUUCGUCACUUCGGUCGGAGGAACCACCAGGGUUAACCCCGAAGUGGCCGCGGGUCUCUCGAGUGGCGGCUUUUCCAACUUCUUCGCUCAGCCUAGCUACCAAAGCGCGGCAGUCUCCGCGUUCCUCGCCGCAAAUGGGAACACCUUCGCCGGCCUAUUCAACGCAACGGGACGUGGCUUCCCCGACGUAGCCGCCCAGGCAGAGAACUUCCAAGUCGUUCUCGGUGGCCAGGUCGUGAACGUUGCGGGCACGAGCUGCGCCUCCCCGACCGUUGCUGGCAUCGUAUCGCUCCUCAAUGACUUCCUGCUAUCGCAGAACAAGCCUACGCUCGGCUUCUUGAACCCACUUCUGUACUCUACCGGCGUAGCUGGCCUCAAUGAUAUCACGAGUGGCUCGAAUCCUGGAUGUGGUACCGCAGGAUUCACAGCUCGUGCCGGCUGGGACCCCGUGACGGGUCUAGGCACGCUGGACUUUGGCAAGUUGCAGAGCAUUGUUGGAUAG